UUUCCCCCCCCUUCCUAGUUAAUGGUCUAAUGACGCUUGGAUUUGCAGGUGCACGUCAGCAGACUGAGCUCUGCAAUGAAUCUCUCAUGUUAGAAAAGUUGCCUGCCUGUGGGAAAUUCUUUGAAGAGAUGAUGAAGAAAGUGGACUCAAAAAAGUGGUGCAACCUGACAGAAUUUAUCAUGUAUUAUGACAACUUUACCCAGUGCACAGAACGUGAAGCCAACAAUGCAAGUUGCUUUUGGCCAAACCCCCUUGCAGAAGGCUUUAUCACUGGAAUUCAUAAACAAUUCUUUUCAAACUGUACUUCAGAGAAGGUUCACUGGGAAGAUCCACCGGAUGAAAUUCUCAUAACACUGAUCUUGAUCCCAGUCAUGUUGACAUGUGCCAUGAUAACAUUGGUAGUAUGGUGCAGCAAGAGAAGUGAUAUCCUGGUGUAAGUUCUUCCUCUGGGCUUUCUUUUUCUUCAUAUCUUUAUUCCCUAAAUAUGGAGAGAGGAGGACGAAGAGAGGAACUUGGCAUAAGGAUUUCAUAUCUGCUGAAAUGGAACCAGUGAGAUACUGAGAUGCUCCUGUGAAAGAAGAGCUGCCUGCUGCAAGUCAGUGCUUCUGCCUUGACCAUGGGUGUUGCUGGUGGAAAACUUUACUUCCAUUGAGCCUCAUUAGCGUGGAAUUCACAGGCAGCUCCCAGAAACAGGAGAGUUCCCAGGCAAAUGGACCCCCCGUCUGCAAAAGGGAUAAAGUUACUUUUCUAUGGGUAAAGCUGGCUGGUAAAGUUUUGCAAAGCUGUAGGUGUGUAAUACUGACUUUGGGGGAAAUUACAUCCCUUGAGGUUUUGUGCAGGACACUCAAAGUUUUCAUCUGUGACUUGGCAAGAUCACUGGCAAAGGAACUGAUUAACCUGGAUGUAGCCAGGUGGCAGCUUUUCCUAGAAGCUAGUCAAGAUCAUCACUAUCAAAACUGGGAAGUAUUCUGGCAAAGAAACAGUUUAUGUAUCCAGUGACUGUCUGCACAGGGAAAUUAUCAUGCCACUUUAUAAAACAGUUUAUAGAAUUCCUUUAAGCAUGGCUUGGAAUUGUAUGUCUUACAAACAAACUCUGGGAGGAUGUACAGGUCUUACUUUACAGAGCUGGAAAAUGUGAGAGGAAAUUGGUUGAUUAUAAAUAUACUGAGAAGUAAUGAAGAAACUUUCAUAUGCCAGACUCUUUAUUUUUCCUCUUUUAUAAUUAUUAUUCUUGAUGACUUGUGUUCGCUGUAUACUCCCCACACUCACUUCAAUUUGUGCAAGUGAUAUCCUACAAAUAAAUAUAAAGGUGUCAUGUUGAUUGAGGUGCCUUUCAGAGUAUUGUACAUAAAUAAUUCUUUGUCCUGUGGAGAGUGUGGGAACUAAAGUAUGAACAUCAAAACUUGGAAUAGAAGUAGAUGGAAAGAGAAAAUAAUUCAACUCAGAAAUUUUAUUCUAUCAAGUUAUGUAAUAGUUGAAAUAAAGAUCAUAUGCUCAAAACAGAA